GCGUGACUUGCCUUGUGAUCGGACCAGCUUUGCUUUCGAGUUCAUUUCCCGAAUCCUGAUGCUUUACACUGCUACUGUACACAAACAAAAGAGUACGCCGCUGAACAAUAGCAUCGUAUAUACUGUGGUCUUUUUAUUACGGUUUAAUUUUUUUCAUCUUCUCGCAAGCGGAUUAACACUAUUAAAAUUGCCGGUACUCUAUUGCAUCACCACAUUUCUUUUCUGAGGAUCGGUCUCUUAUAUCUAACAGUAAGAUCGUGGCAUCGAAGGAGUGAAGAGGACUGCGCCCUGUGCUUUUAUCACAAGUUCGGAUUUUACAGUAAUGCAGAUAGGAAAGCGGGGGCGUUCGUCACCCGACCAACCGAGACCGUUUGUUAUAGGACUGUGCUGUAGAGGUCUUUUAUGUGAACGAGCAGAUAACAGAAGAUGAAAUGGCAGAGGCAAGUUUAGCAGAGCGCAGAUACGAGGGGCUUGCCGCGGCUUUCCCUUAUGAGGAAUAUGAAUGCAAAAUAUGUUACAAUUAUUACGACUUGGACCGUCGCGCACCGAAGAUCCUGGAAUGCUUGCACACAUUCUGCGAGGAAUGCCUGAAUACUCUCCAUCUCCGGGAGGAUCGACCAUGGCGCAUCAGCUGUCCGUUAUGUCGUCAUCGGACACCAAUUCCGGAAUACCGGAUACAAAACCUCCCCAACAACACGAAAGUUACGGAUGCUUUCCCUUUCUAUAUAGAAUCGGACCCACUGCCCCAGGACAGCUUGCCCCCGUACCCUCCGCCGCUUCACCCGGCUCUGACUGGCCACCGCCGCGAAGAGGCGUCCGGAGCUUCUACCGGAGCGUCUACAAGUCAAACAGCUCCGUCUGUAACUCUGUCCACUGCUACCACGGCUUCAUACGACUCCGCACCCUACGAGAGCUGUCAGAACUGCAAGCGAGUAGCCCUGACCACGGGCUGCGUUUGCGUAAUCUUUGCAUUCCUGUCAAUGCUCGUCCUCCUUUUUAUGGGUCUUAUAUUCGUGCACAAUUACAAUAACCCACCCUCGCCAUUGGGCCCCGUCUGUCUCUCGGUGGCUAGCAUAUUGGCAAUGUUUUCCGUGGUUGUCACGUGGUUGAUUUGCUGGUUGAAAUACCGACCUGGGCCAGACACCGGGCGCCCCGCCUCAACUACCACCAACAGGAGAAACACCUGAAGACACUCUUUUUCUGUACUUGAAGUUGUUAAUGUGUAAUCUCUGUCAUGUGAAUGCAUCCAUUUUGCGACGCCAUAAUGUCGGCUAUUCAGUAGUAUUAGAUGGCCUUGCAUCUAAUACAUAAAACGUAUUUGAACUUACUUUCAACAGCUGGAACUCUGGCUUAGAAACAAAAUCAUGUUUUCCAUCAGCCAGGAUAUAAAUUCAUAUUGUUUGAAUUGUGUUCUCUUGUCAUGAAUAUGAUGUGCUUUGUGAUGGCUUUUGUUAGGCGAUUCUUUUAUGUUCUCUUCCAUUUCCAGUAACCAAGGAAACAAGAAAAUAUAUGCAUAAUCUAUCCUUGCGCUUGUGUUCUUAUCCAGUGGUACUGAGACCUGUGAGUAUUGAUGUUAAGGCAGCAAAUCAAUGGCUAUUAUUUUUUGAAAGUGGACAAUCAUAUAACACCUUACAAUGACAGGAGCGAUUUCACAUAAGUUUCUCAUCACAUAAGACUUGGAUUGAAAAAAAUAUAUGAAUGUGUUCAUUUACAGAACCAUUAUGUUAUUAUUUAUUUCAAUAUGUACAAUGGUCGGGGUAAUGCUGUACUGGGCGCAUGAUUCAUGCUGGUAUUAAUAAUAUCUUAGAGAACCCUAAUGAUAAAUAAAACCUGGUUUUCAAAACCUUUCAUAUUGCA